AUGGAGAACCAGUCGAACAGGGUCCAUCGACCCUCGAAGGAGAAAAAGAAGCAUGAUGGCCCGAAUCCAAAAGCCUUCGCAUUUUCGAACCCUGGAAAAGGAAAUAAAGCUGGCGCGCGGUCGCAUGAUAUUAAAGAAAAGAGGCUUCAUGUGCCGCUCGUGGAUCGUGUGCCUGAAGAGGCACCUCCCUUGUUGUUGCCAUUGUUGGACCACCAGGUAGGAAAAACGACUCUCGUUAAAUCCUUGAUCCGUCGCUACACGAAACAAACCCUCAGCACCCCUAAAGGACCCUUGACUGUAGUGACAUCCAAACGGCGCCGACUUACUUUCCUCGAAUGCCCCUCCGACUCCCUUGCCAGUAUGGUCGAUGUCGCGAAAAUCGCCGACAUUGUGCUUCUGAUGAUCGACGGCAACUAUGGAUUCGAGAUGGAGACUAUGGAGUUCCUGAACGUCUUGUCUUCCAGUGGUAUGCCAGGAAAUGUGUUCGGUAUCUUGACCCAUUUGGACCUUUUCAAAAAACAGAGCACCCUUCGAAUGGCGAAGAAGCGCUUGAAGCAUCGCUUUUGGAGCGAGCUUUACAAUGGUGCUAAGCUCUUCUACCUUUCUGGUGUCGUCAACGGCCGGUAUCCCGAUCGCGAAAUACACAACCUCUCCCGUUUCCUGUCGGUCAUGAAAAACCCUAGACCGUUGGUAUGGCGCAAUUCACACCCUUAUGCGCUUGCAGAUCGCUUUCUGGAUAUUACACCACCCACUCAGAUCGAAGAGAAUCCGAAGUGCGACCGAACAGUAGCUCUCUACGGUUAUCUACGAGUCACUUCCAGACCCAUGCCCCACCCCCUUUAUGGAUCAACAAAUGGCGAAAGCUCGGGCAAGGCAAGCAAACGCAGGCUGGGGGAAAAGCAAAAGUUACUAUUCGCCCCUAUGUCUGAUGUUGGCGGUGUUUUGGUUGAUAAAGAUGCUGUGUAUAUUGACGUCAAGACUUCGAAUUUUAACAAAGGUGAUGAUGAGUCUGAGGAUGAAGACCGUGGCCUUGGUGAACAGCUCGUUGUUGGUCUUCAAGGUGAACGUAAACUCCUUGGUGAAGCCGAUGGAGGUGUCCGCCUGUUCCGAGGUGGCGAGGCUAUAGAGAAGGCGGACGAUGAGGAUGAGGGUGCAGGAAGGAAACACAGGAGACAUGCGAGGUUUAUGGAUGGAGAAGGAGGUCAGGCAGAGGAAGAUGAAGGUUUCGACAGCGCCGAUGAUGACGAUGAGGAGGAACUGGAAGGCGACAGUGAUGAAGAGAACAUUGACGUGUCCGCACCUCCCGACUUUGAAGCAAGCUUUAGGGAGAAACAGGAGGGCAAAAGCCGCCAUGACGAAGGUGACAUCGCAUUCGCCGACAGUGAUUCUGAUCUCGGAUCCAUUUCGUCAGUUGAAGACCAGGAACUGGAAAGCGACGACGAAGAAGACCUUGAUGAAGAGGAUGAGGAUGAGGAUGGCGCUGUUCGGUGGAAAGAGAGAAUGCUCGACAACGCCAAAGCGCUCCAUGCCAAAAGACCAAAGUAUCGUGUCGCUGACCUGUCUCGCAUGAUGUACGACGAAUCUAUCACUCCUCUUGACGUGAUUCGGAGAUGGUCCGGCAAGGAUGAAGAGGAGGAUGCUGAUGAGGAGAUCGAAGAAGAUGCGGACGAUUUCUUCAAGAAGACCAACAAUGAGAAGGAAGAGCAGUCGGAAUAUCGUGCCAUCCCCGAGUUCGACUAUGAAGAGUUAGAGCGGAAGUGGCGGGAUGAAGAGAUGAUUGAAUCUCUACGGAGCCGAUUCGCCACUGCUAGGCUGUCUGGCAAUGAUGAUGACGAUGGUUCGGAUGUUGAUGAUGCCUUCGAUGAGGAUGAUGAAGGAGAUGGAGAUUUCGAGGACCUGGAGACUGGUGAGGUGUUCAAUGGCAUCUCGGACGAGAAGGAGGAGCAGGAUGAGGGUUCAGGCGACGAGGGAUCCGUAGAUCUCGAAGCAGAGCGCGAACGAAACGCCAAGAAGAAGGAGGAGCUGAGGUUGCGCUUUGAAGAAGAAGACCGUGAGGGAUUCGCCAACUCCAAGGAUAACUCACGACAGGACGGUGGAGGCGAUGAAGAGUUCGGUGAAGAUGAAUGGUACGAUGCACAGAAAGCGAAGCUGCAGAAGCAGCUAGACAUCAACCGGGCCGAAUUUGAUACUUUGGAUCCAGCCUCAAGGGCUAGAGCUGAAGGUUUCAAGGCUGGAACCUAUGCCCGUAUUGUUCUGGAAAAUGUACCUUGCGAAUUUGCGACCAAAUUCAAUCCUCGCUUCCCCGUCAUUGUCGGUGGAUUGGCACCCACUGAAGACCGAUUUGGAUAUGUGCAGAUUCGGAUCAAGAGACACCGUUGGCACAAGAAGAUUUUGAAGAGUAACGAUCCCUUGAUCUUCUCUCUCGGGUGGCGUCGCUUCCAGACCCUACCAAUGUACAGCACAUCCGACAACCGGACGCGUAACCGCAUGCUUAAAUACACGCCAGAACACAUGCACUGCUUUGGCACCUUCUAUGGGCCACUCGUUGCACCAAACACUGGUUUCUGUUGCGUGCAAUCUUUCUCCAACAAGGCCCCAGGUUUCCGAAUUGCGGCAACCGGAGUAGUGCUGAGCGUGGAUGAACAUACGGAUAUUGUGAAGAAGCUCAAGUUGACUGGUACACCUUACAAGAUUUUCAAAAAUACCGCCUUCAUCAAGGAUAUGUUUAACUCUUCCCUUGAAAUUGCCAAGUUUGAGGGUACCGCGAUUCGAACCGUAUCUGGCAUUCGAGGUCAAGUCAAGAGAGCUUUGAGCAAGCCCGAAGGUUGCUUCCGUGCGACAUUCGAAGAUAAGAUUCUUAUGAGUGACAUUGUCUUCUUACGCGCAUGGUAUCCUAUCAAACCGCAUCGAUUCUACAACCCGGUAACAAAUUUGCUUGACCUGGAAGAAGACAGUGCAGGCGAUAGUGGGUGGCAGGGAAUGCGUCUCACCGGCGAAGUCCGCCGUGAGAAGGGUAUCCCAACGCCCCUGCAGAAGGACUCUGCCUAUCGUCCCGUUGAACGGCAGGAGCGCCAUUUCAAUCCUCUCCGCGUCCCACGACAACUGGCUAAGGAGCUUCCGUUCAAGUCCCAGAUCACCAAGAUGAAAUCGCGCAAAGACCAGACAUAUAUGCAAAAGCGAGCUGUCGUCCUUGGAGGAGAGGAAAAGAAGGCACGAGACCUUAUGCAAAAGCUGACCACCAUGCGGAACGACAAGCAAGCUCGACGUGCAGCGAAGCAGGAGGAGCGGAGACAGGUCUAUCGCGCCAAGGUCGCCGACAGUUUGGAGAAGAAGGAAGCCCGGGAGAAACGGGAGCGCGACGAUUACUGGCGGCGAGAGGGCAAGAAACGAAAGAAUACAGACGAAGAUGGAGGAGGUGGAGGCAAAAAACGCAAGUGA